CUGCCUAUGAUUAUAUCUUAAACAGAAGAAAACAUCAUACAACUUUUAGAAAAAUUGUGAUCAAGAAAACAUCGAUUACAGUUUCAUUCAUCAAGCUGUGUUAAUUUCAAUAUGGCAAAAACAACUCACAUAGCUGUUAUUCCAAGUCCUGGUUUCAGCCACCUAGUCCCAAUACUAGAAUUCACAAAACGUUUAGUCACAAACCACCCAAAUUUUCACAUCACUUGCAUCAUUCCCUCACUUGGGUCACCCCCAAAUUCCUCAAAAUCAUACCUCCAAACAAUUCCACCAAACAUAAACUCAAUCUUUCUUCCACCAAUCAACAAACAUGACUUACCUCAAGGAGCAUACCCAGGAGUCAUUAUUCAACUCACUGUUACUCUCUCUUUACCAUCAAUUCAUCAAGCUUUGAAAUCAUUGAAUUCAAAAGCACCUUUAGUUGCUUUGAUUGCUGAUUCUUUUGCAUUUGAAGCACUUGAUUUUGCUAAAGAGUUUAACUCUCUGUCUUAUCUUUACUUCCCUAGUUCAGCUAUGAAUCUAUCACUUUCUUUACAUUUGGUAAAACUUGAUGAAGAGGUUUCAUGUGAGUAUAAAGAUUUACAAGAACCUAUAAAGUUACAAGGAUGUGUGCCAAUUCAUGGUCGUGAUCUUCCAGCUCCAACAAAAAUGAGAUCAAAUGAUGCUUACAAAAAGUUUCUUCAACGUGCAAAAAGUAUGUAUUUUUUUGAUGGAAUCUUGUGUAAUAGCUUCUUGGAAUUGGAAUCAGGUGCUAUAAAGGCAUUAGAAGAAAAGGGUCAUCAUGAAAAUGGAAAAAAAAUUAGUAUUUUUCCUGUUGGGCCUAUUACACAAAAAGGGUCAUCUGCAUCAAGCAAUGAUGUUGAUGAGUUUGAAUGUUUAAAAUGGUUGAAAAACCAACCACAAAAUUCUGUUUUGUAUGUUUCAUUUGGAAGUGGUGGAACACUUUCUCUAAGGCAAAUCAAUGAGCUAGCUUAUGGUUUAGAAUUGAGUGAUCAAAGAUUCUUGUGGGUUUUGAGAGCACCAAGUGAUUCAGUUAGUGCUGAUUACUUUGAAGAUGCAAAUGUUGACCCUUUGAAGUUUUUACCAAAAGGGUUUUUGGAAAGAACCAAAGAGAAAGGUUUGGUUUUGGCAUCAUGGGCACCUCAAGUUGAAGUACUUAAGCAAAGUUCAGUUGGUGGAUUUUUAAGCCAUUGUGGUUGGAAUUCAAUUUUGGAGAGUAUUCAAGAGGGGGUGCCAAUAGUAGCUUGGCCUUUGUUUGCUGAACAAGCAAUGAAUGCAGUUAUGUUAAGUGAUGGUCUUGAAGUGGCAAUUAGGUUGAAAUUUGAAGAUGAUGAGAUUGUUGAAAAGGAGAAAAUUGCAAAGGUUGUUAAGUGCUUAAUGGAAGGGGAAGAAGGUAAAGGAAUCAGGGAAAGAAUGAAAGUUUUAAAAGAUGGUGCUGCUAAAGCACUGAAAGAUGAUGGUUCUUCAAUACAAACCCUGUCUUAUUUGGCUAAUCAAUGGGAAAAUUUUGGUGGAAUUUAGGAAAAUAUAUGUUGUUCUUACUUCUUUAGGUUUUUGGGUUCGAUGUUUCUAAUUAUUUGUGUUUUAUUCAAUAGACACUUCUCAUUAAAGUCGAUCUCAGUAUCUGACACACGAACAAGAUAUCAAUACAUUAAUUAUAAUUUAGUAAUUUAUUUUCUUUAAUUAUUAUCGGUGUCUAUGUAUAAAUGUUUGGUGUUUGUGUUACUACACUACUUCAUUGAUGAUAUUUGUUUCCUUUGUUUUGUUUCUUUCUUUUGUUGAAAUGACCAUUGUAUUGCAUGGUUGACACAAGUCGUAGACAAGUUCCAUGUGUAAAGAGGGGCAAAAUGGAUGUCAAAGAAAAAUGAGAACGAAAAAUUUUUCCU